AUGAAUAUAAAAAAGAUUGAACACCAAAUUAUUGAAUACAAGCGCACAAACAAGGAAGCUCAGCAAGCAAAACCGUCGUUACUAGCAGCAGACUUGGGCGAAACUUUGAGGCGACUUCCAAGCGAGCGCGAAUAUUUCAAUAUUUCUGACGAACUGGCACGCCUUCGCGAGGAACGCGAGGACGAGCACGAUGAAGAUGAAGCUGAUUCGAAUGAAGAAGACGAGAAUAACGACGAAACAGAAGAAGAAGACAAUGAGAAUGACGAGGACGAAAAUGAGGAAAGUGAUGAAGAAGAAGAGACAAUCGCAGAAAUGCCCCGCCACUAUAUCGACGGACAACGACUCAACCCCAAUCCCUUCCACUCCAGAGUGCUCAUGUUCGCAGCACAAGAACCACUGGCUGGUAUGGAUUCACCGAGAUUUGUGAUUCAGAGUCAAUAUCCAACAUUUGACACCUCACCGCGUGAGUGGUAUUACAAUAGAUGGUUGUUGGGGGACGAGGGGAAUGUAAUUACUGCAAGUGCAGAUAGAAAUCGUUAUCGAAAUGCACCUGAAGCGGACGAACCGAUCGGGAAUGAUCCGGCAUAUCAACUCUGGAACAGAAUGCGACAGGCAGGAUAUGUAACCAGUGGAGAUGAGCCGACAAGCCAAAAUAUCCCACAGCAAAUCAUUGAUCCAUUGGAUCAACUCAGGGUCAGGGUGUUGCCCGAUAUGCAAGUGCCGGCAGGAAAUCCUGCGACUCAAAAUCAACAGAAUCAUUACUCCCCAAUUGGACAGUACUAUUCUCCAGCCAGAUAUGAGUCUACAAAUACAACCGGCACCUAUACCCAUACCAGAUAUCUAGUAAAUCCCAACAGCGGAGAGGUGUAUGGAAUUACAUAUCCAUUGUUUCAAUGGGCUCCAAGCCCCCUCCAAGCUGCCCCGCCAAUGGGAGCGCCUGCAUACCAAACACUGGAUCCAAACACUGCAUAUCCAACCUCAGGAAAUCAGUUUAAUUAUGCAGCCAGCGAUAAUUUAUCAUAUUCUACAGCAAACACUGGAUACUAUGAGCUGGAAUGUGAUUGCAUGCCUGAAUCGUAUCAUCUUCCAUCCUAUCAGCCUCCGUCAGAGCGAUUUCCGAAUACACCUUGGCAGAUCUAUCAAGUACCCAGCGUGGAGUCUGGAGCUCCAUGUACUUCCCAACUGCAGCCUUGUCGUGGAAAUGCAGCUUUUCAGGUCUAUCCAAGCUCGUAUCCAGCACAGGACUAUCAAACUUGUUCUUGCCGUCCAUGUGCUGCUUGCCAACCGUGUGCUGCUUGCCAACCAUGUGCUGCUUGCCAGCCAUGUGCAUGCAGCCAGCAGCAGUGUUCUCAAUUCGCUGCUGAGGAUGGGGCUGCUGCUGCCACAGCCCGUGGCUUACUAACAGGCAGAGAGUAUACUACGUUCUCUCCAUCGGGACACGUUGUACCGCGAUCCUGGUAUACGCAAACGUAUUUGGCCUGGCAACAGACUGCAGGGCAGUCCCCAAACCAAUAUGCACCCAACGGACAGGCUGUAGCUAGAACCGUGUAUGAGCAGCAACCAUAUCAAACAAGUGAUCCGGCUACAAUUGCACCCACAGAGCUCGCCAAUGGUCAGCCACACUUGCGUGGUCCCUAUGAGCCGCUGCUAGCCCAUCGCCUGGCCAAUGCCGUGGAAUAUGGCCUGUUCACUGCCGACGACGACGGACCGGAUUCCAUGAUGGCGAACGAUGUCCUAGAUCAGAUAAUAAGACUGCGACCCAAUUUUAUGGAGCCCAACAAUGCCAGCAGCAACAAUGUACAGAAUCAAAUGACUGCAUCGCCUUUUUCGCCACUGGACCAGCGUGAAGCGAACGCCAGAGAAGAGCAGAAGAUGCUCUGGGACGUCAGUCAGCGUCGCGGCAAAUAAAACUAAUUCAAAGGUGACCCCCAAAACGCUACAGCUAGAUAACGCCAAACAAACAAACAUUAAAAAUGUAAAAAAUGGUUUCUAAAACUACUUAGAUUUACAUGUUUCCUUAUUUGUAAAGACAACCCCACGUUGUAUUAAUCAGAAUCAGAAUUAUUCCAAUUUCGAAUUUCUGACUGUAAUUUUUUUUUGUCGAAAGAAAAAUGGCGAAGAAUAAUAAAAAGAAGUCGAAAUCGAUUCCAAAGCAGAAGGCGGUGUCCAAGGGCGCCGUUGAAGGAAAAGCU